AUGGCUGCUAAAACACAAACAUCUUCUUCAUUACUACUCAUUUCCUGUUUCUUACUAUUUGUUUCAGUUAAUGUCCCUUCAUCAGUUCUCUCAGCCACUCUACGAUCUGAUAUCCAAGCUCUAGAGUCUAUCAUCCGCAGCAUUGAUCCAAGUUCCAUCUCCCCUUCCUCUUACCUCAGCACAUGGGACUUCUCUGAAGACCCUUGUGAAGGCUCAGGGACGUUCUUGGGAGUUAUGUGUUCUUUCCCUCUUGAGAACACAACCAGCCGAGUCACAGAGAUUGACCUUGACGAUGAUGGUUAUGACGGUUUCCUCUCUGAUGAAGUAGGGAACCUGACAGAGCUCACUGUUCUUAGCCUCAACAAGAACAGAUUCCGUGGUCCAAUACCAGAAACUGUCUUCCAACUCAAGAAACUCACCAAACUCUCUUUGUCUGAAAACUUCUUCACCGGAGACAUAACCCCUGGAAUCACUUGGCUCAAAGAGCUUCAAACCAUAGACCUGUCCAAAAACAGCAUAGCCGGUGAGAUCCCUCCAAGGAUCUCAUCCUUGAGAAGCUUGACUCAUCUGAUCUUAUCAAACAACCAUCUAGACGGAAGAAUACCUCCACUCAACGGCUUGUGGAAGCUACAAGUGUUGGAACUUGGUAACAAUCACCUUUCUGGAACCCUCCCUAAGCUUCCACCAAGUCUAAGAACUCUAUCUCUCUGUUACAACAGCCUCGCAGGACGUAUAUCACCUUUAAAUAGACUGAAACAUCUUGUGUCAUUAGAUGUGAGCCAGAACAGAUUCUCAGGCCCCAUUGGACAUCAAAUCCUAACGUUUCCAGAGAUUUCACACAUAAAUGUGUCUUUUAAUCAGUUCAUAUCCAUAGAGGUUGUUCAGGUUAUAGGCACUGAAUCCCGCCUGCGCAUACUUGACGCUGAAGGAAACCAAUUACAGGGGCACCUUCCACUGAACCUGCCGACUUAUGGAAACUUGAAGGAUAUCAAUCUACGGAGCAACAAGUUCUCAGGAGAUAUUCCGAGGAUUUAUGGGAAAAGACUUGAGAAUUCAUGGAGAAGCUUGUACUUGGAGAACAACUACCUCACUGGUUUGCUUCCUGAGGAGUUUCUAAGAAUCUCCAAGCAAGUCAGAGGAAGCCUUUCCAAUAACUGUCUGCAGUGUCCUAAGAAUGUUCCAAUCUGCCAAGGAGUACAAAAGCCAAAAUCACAAUGCACCAAUGUAAUGCAGGAGAAAGGCUUGGAGUAG